GCAAAGAAAGCUUUGAGAGCACUAAAGGGAAUAGUGAAGCUUCAAGCGAUUAUUCGAGGACGAGCUGUGAGACGUCAAGCAAUGACAACACUCAAGUGCUUGCAAUCCAUAAUAAAUAUCCAAUCACAUGCCUGCGCUAGGAGAUUCCAAACGAUCGAAGAUGCUUACCAUUGCGAUGAACAUAAUCAGUUCCAAAAUUUGAGAGACAAGAUAAUAAGGAUGGACUCAAACAGUCAAAGAAGGUGGGACGGCAGCCUCAUUUCAAAGGAAGAUGCAGAGGCCUUGUUUCUAAGCAAGAAAGAAGCUAUGCUUAAGAGAGAACGAAUAAGGGAAUACUCAUAUACCCAUCGGAAGUCAGCAGAAUCAGAGAGAAAUAAAGUAAAGGGAAGAUGGAGAUACUGGUUGGACCAAUGGGUAGAUACACAACUUUCUAAAAGCAAAGAACUUGAGGACUUGGACACGGUUUUGGAUUUGAAUGCAAAGCGAAAAGAAGAAUUUGGAGGAAAACAACUUAGGCUGAGAAACUUUCAAAGACAAAACAUUCAGAUUGAAGGAAUGGAUUCUCCGGUGUUUGUACCAAGAAGAUCUUCAUACCACAGAAAGCAGUGUUCAUUGGGAGAUGAGAAUUCCUUCACAACCUCUCCUGUUGUUCCAACUUACAUGGCUGCAACAAAAUCUGCCAAGGCAAAAGCAAGGUCUCUAAGCUCCCCUAAGUUAAGGGCAGGCAGUUUAGAUACUUACUCUGAGAGCUAUUCACCAUGCAAGAACAACAUCUCUCUUAUAUCUUCUAUCACCAGUGAAGUCCCAAUUAGCAGCACUGGAAAAAUAUUGGGCAAGUCUAGUAGUAUCCAGCAAAGAUCUCCAAGCAUGAAGGGCCUUCCAAGCCCUUUAAGAUUAAAACAGACGACAAAGGAUCGAAGCUUCGAUUGGGAUAGACAAAGUGCUUUUAGAUGAUGAUUUCAGUGGAAUUAAAGACAGAUUAGUUUGGUUAGUGUAUUUGGUUUGGAUUGCAGAAGUUAAUUUGUAAUUACAAAUUAACUAAGUGGAUGAACAUUUUCAGUCCUUUAACCAUAUAUAGGUUCAUUACUGCAUAGAUAAA